AGAGUAUUAAGAAAGAGACGCCAUUUUAUAAAAAAAUAAUCAAUAAAUCCAAUGACUGUGAAGAAUCAAAUUGUUUAAAUUCCGGAAGAUGUCUCUUAACGAACGUUCUAGAAAACAUUUAAACAAUCUGAUGCAAGAGUUAGAUGAUAUCCACGUCGAUUUACAGGAACAUUUAAGUGAAUACGUCAAAAAGAUAACUUCAAGAAUCAAGGACUGGAUGAAUGAUCCCUCUGGUAAAUCAAUGACAUUAAAAGAAGCGAUGGCUGUAGUAACAUCAGCAAAUAACUCACUACUUGAAAAUAUUGACAUGAUAAAUGAAAAGAUGCAAUUUCCUUCUAUCAGAACACAUGAGAUGGCAAACGCUGAACUAAGUCUAAGAGAGGCGGAUGAAGUUAGGCAUGAUAGUAAUGACGUUUUAACAAUUUCACCAGAAUCAAUGAGGCAACUUGAGAGUAGGAUAGAAGCAGUUGAAACAGCGAUUAUGUCAUUUGAAAACACGAAAAUUUUGGUUGAAGAUACAAGCACGCAGUUAAAGCAAUGUCAGGAAAUUUUUGACAAAGCAAUGGAAAAAAAAUCGAAGACACAAAAAGCAAAAUUCAAAAACAUUGGAAAGCAAUUACAUGAACAAAGUGAAAAGAUAAAGGAUUUAAAUGAAGUGAUUGAAUUUGUAAAAGAAGAAAAAUCCGACGCAAACAAAGAACUAGAGAAACUAUCUCUAGAUAUGAAAGAAUAUGAAAACAACUUACACAAAAUAAAUAAAGAUAUGCAAGAUUACACUGACAAAACAGAGUGUAUAACACAAGAAUUAAGAUGCCAUUCGGAUUUGAUUUCUGUUUUGCAAGAAGAUGGAAAGAAAAUUAAUGACCUAGCAUUAAAUAAAUUUGAAAAAUUGCAAACAAAGUAUGGCAUGACUUGUACUCUAUUACUACGAAGACUGGCUCCAAUUGAAAAAAUCUUCGCAAGUUGCAAGGACACUAGUGCGAGGAAGAAAGAAAAUAGUUUAAAGAUCGGGCAAUUAGAGAAAGUCGUUUUUAAAAUAAAUGAGGAUGUUUCAGCGAUAGCUCAACUUCAAAAGUCAACAGCAACAAAGCAGCAAGCUCUGGAACAAAAGCUGGCAACACAACCACAAAGUCCUGCACCACGCUAUGGAAACUACAGCGGUUAUGAUCAAUCUUUUAACAGCAGUCUAACUCGUUGGCCAAAAAACUGACGUAUCAAAUUAUAAGACAUUAAAUGUCAAUACAGUUCAACACGUUUGUUGCGAUGUUUUUGUUUUGAAUGCAACAAUUCUUUAAACUUAUAAUUCGUCUGUUUAGAUGUACUUACAAUUAAUUUGUAGAAUAAACCGCAUGUUUUAAAUCAUUUUCUUUAAAAUUUAAUA